AUGCUUCUUCGCAUGUUACUGUGCUUCAACCAGUUCAACCCUGAUUGGCUGGACUGCAGCAAGACCCAGGCACAAUCCCUUUGUCCAUCUUUCCUUCCUGCUUCCCCUCCCUCCUCCCUCCCUCCGCCCCCCCUCCGCCCCCAGGGAGGCUGUCCUACUCUUUUCUUUUUUUUUUUCUUUCCUUCCCCUUCCAUCCUCCCCAGCUGUACUUUUAAGUCCCUAAUCAAGCUGUCCUUGCACCAAAGGACAGCUCAGGAGACACGGAGUGGGGCCCACAGCAGUAGGAUGGCUCACAGCAUCUUGGGGCUCAUGCGGCCCUUGUGGAGUGGACUGAACGUGAGCAAAAUUCGCCUCAUUUACCUCUGUGGUGUCACUGAGCAGCACCACAGCCCAGCAAAGUGGUGGUCAGAAAGAGGCUUCAGCUCCACGAAUGGGUUCCAGGAUGCCCCUGGGGAAUCAAGCUCUGAGGAUCAGGUGACCGUGCAUUUUAUAAAUCGGGAUGGAGAGCGACUUACGACCACAGCCAAAGAAGGGGAGAGUUUGCUGGAAGUGGUAGUCAAUCAAAACUUGGCCAUUGAUGGGUUUGGUGCGUGUGAAGGGACAUUAGCCUGCUCUACCUGUCACCUCAUCUUCGACAGGGACACCUUCCAAAAGCUUGAUGCCAUCUCAGAUGAAGAGCUAGACAUGCUGGACUUGGCAUACGGGCUCACUGACACAUCGCGCCUUGGCUGCCAGGUGUGCAUUAAGAAGUCGAUGGAUGGUCUGACAGUGCGGGUCCCCAUGGAUGUGUCGGACAUGAGGAGGCAGCUGGAGGUUGGAAAGCAAAGCAAACAGUAACUGGAAACGGUUGCUGCACAGCUUACACCCACAGUUAGCGUGGCAGGGUAUUCAGCUUUUGGUUGACACUAUUGCUUUUUGUGGCUGGCUUGCAGUAGACCAAUAGAGGUCUGAUUCAGUAUAAAAGGCGUGUUUGGCAAAUCUCUUAUUUAAACAAGGCACAAUGCUUAAUAGGGUCUUUGGUAUGUAUUUUAAGUGCCUAAAUGCUCUGCUAAAUGCAACUGGAUUAAAGUGUGUGGCUUUAUAUUUCCCUGGGUGGGUGUCAGUAAACAUCUCUGCUGUAUGUGACUCUCUUUCUCCUUUGAAAUUUAAGAAUUCUGCUAUUCUGAGUAACUGCUGAGAAUUUUGCAAGGCUUGGCUCUUUAAAAAUGGAGCAGACUUUUCCCAAUUUGGGAAGCUUAAGAAGAGAUUGCUGUUUGCAAGUCAGUGUACUGAUGGGCUUGAUGAUGUAGGUGACUUGAGUUUGGUCAGCAAGAGCAUACUGAGGACAUUUGUGUGCUGACAGUUCCUGUAAGCAGGAACCACUUCAAUGAACUUGAGAUGUUAUGGGUUCCUGAAUUGUUCUGUGCCAGGAGCAGCCACUAUCUCCAAAGGUUAAAUUUUCUUACUGCUGUACUAUCACACAUGUCAAAUAAAAUUGUAAUAAUGAGGCUUUUAGACCUACAAGAUGCACUAUUGUGGUACCAUGAGCCUGGCUGGAAUAGAAUGAGUUGGCCGGAAAUCUGGUUGGCUGCAUUAAGCGCAGCACUGCCAGCUGAUCAAAGGAGGUGAUUGUCCUGCUGUACUCAGCACUGGUGGGGCCUCACCUGGAAUACUGCAUGUAGUUUUGGGCACUGAAUAUAAAAAAGACAUUUUUUUGUUAGAGUUUGUUUGUCCAGAGCAGGACCAUGAGGACGAUGAAAGGUCUGGAGGGGAAGUCUUACAAGGAGCACUGAGGUCACUUGGUUUGUUGAGCCUGGAGGAGGCUGAGGUCAGACCUCAUUGUGCUCCUCAACGUCUUCACGAGGGGAAGUGGAGGGGCAGGUACCAAUCUCUUCACUCUCAUGACCAGUGAUGGGACUCAAGGAAACGGCAUGAAGCUGAGUCAGGGGAGGUUUAAGUUAGAUGUCAG